AUGGAGAACAAGAAGAACAACAUUGGUGUAAGAGAAACAACACCGGAGAUGGUGGUGAAAGAGGAGGAAGAGAGUGGUGGUGGGACCCACCAAGAAUUAACGGAAUAUUUCGAUUCUGAUACUGAUACCGAUUCUGAUUUCGAUUAUUGGGAGGCGGUAGAAGAAGAAGAAGAGGUAAUAAUUAGGGAGGAGGGAAUUAAAGGAGGGGGUUACAAUAAAGAAAAGGCACCGGUUGAUGACGUUUGCCCUAUCUGUUUCGACAGAUUCUCCAUCCCAUGCAGAUCUAAUUGUGGUCACUGGUUUUGCGCAAAUUGCAUAUUGCAGUUUUGGAUGUUUCGAUCAUCGGUUCAACCAUGCAAAUGUCCGUUGUGCUGUUGUCGGAUAGUUAACCUAAAACCCGAGACAUCUCGUAAUCAUAUUACAAUACCAGCAGAUAAUAAUGUGGCUGAGGUCCUUAAAAAAGUGGACCGCUAUAACGGCCUCUACAUCAACGGAGUCGUCGGCGCUUUCCACAUAAUAGUAGCGAUGCCUCUAUUCAUGGGGCGAAUAUUAAGAAUUCUGAUGGAUCCCGAUGGUUUGAGAUGCAUCUACUAUGUAAUGCGCCUUCUUGGGUUGUGUUUGGCCUUGCUCUACGAGAAAGGGGAGUUCGAGUUUAUUCCUACCGGUGGAUUCGGGAUUCAAAGAGCAUUCGAUGUGGGUGCUAGUAUACUUAUUCUAUGUCUAUUCUUCGUUGGUAUCGGCUAUAGAUGGGUGCUUAGAGGGCGCGUGAGGCGUUUGGCGGCCCUACAAGCAUCCGAUAGUUAG